AUGGUGGUUGCUGGCGACUCGUGGCCAUCGCCAAAGCCCGCUGCCGCUGCGUCAGAGGCGAGCGGAAGGUCACUGUCUGCGUCUGCCUCGGGGAGUGUUGCAAUGAAGCCGCCAGUCCCCCCUGCCCCGAAGCCAGCGCAUUCCGUUGCUGGUGUCUCUGCGCUUCUGGAUCCAUGCCACGUGGCGCCUGACGCUCCGGCGUCUCUCCUGCCUGUCCCACCUGCUCCUGUUGUUGCUCCGGACCCUCCUGCACCCUCUGUUCCUGCUGUUGCACCGCCUGCCCCUGUAAACCCUGCGGCGCCAACUGCUGCCGCUGAUCCUGCUGUUGCGCCCCCUGUUGCCCCCGUCCAUGCCGCUCAGAUGGUCGCCGCUGCCCCUGCUGCUCUUGGCAGCGACUUGGUGCUGGCGGAGGUGUCCGCCACCAUUGGCGGCCCGACCCCUGUGGUGGUGCCUGCCGAGGCUGUUCAGUCGGCGCCUGCAGCGCCUCCGUUGGUUCCGUCUGGGCAGCCGUGUCGUCCGCAUUCUCCCGAUCGCCGCCCACCACGACCCCAUUCGCCCCUCCCGCAAGAUGAGCGGGAGUCCUCCUGGCGUCGGCAGGAGUCUCCUCAGCGCCGUUCACCGGGCGGGAACUGGCACGCACGACGGGGUGGGCGAGGGGGCUGGAGGGGAGGUCACGGACGUGGACGUGGCGGGGCGUUUGAUGGGCCGGUGACGAUGGCUGACCUGCAGCGGGUUGUAACGGCUCCGAUGCGCGAGGAGAGGGCCCUGCAGGCGAACCAGCGGUUCCCUCGUGCGUCUGCCGCUCCUCCACCUGUUGCACCUCCUGUGACUGCACCGGCGGCGGUGGCUACUCAUCCUCCUGCUCCCCCUGCUCCUUAUCCGUCCCUUCUGCCCGGUGAUUCUGCUCCCCAUGCUGCUGGUGCUGGAAUGCCGUUCCAGCCGUUCGUGAGUCCCCCCCGCGCGGCAGAGAUGUUUGGUCACGCGGGUCUCUCCCGUGGGAACUCCCUGGAUGGCGGUUCCCGGGACGAGUGUCUUGACGCCGCGGAUCGGCUCGCGGAGCUCCUGGCGCCCGUGUUGGCUGCACCCGCGAGGGGAGGAGUUGCGGGCGUUGGGCAGCUGAGGACAGCUGUACGAGGCCUGAGGCGCUUUUUGCGCGCUGGGACUGCAGCCGAUGUGAUCGGCGCAAGCACGGCGGUGGUGCGGGAGCUCCACCGCUCUCUGACUGGGCUCCUUGCUGUUCUUGACACUGAUCAGUUCUAG